AUAUUGUUAUUCUAAUAGAAUUAGAAAUUUCCCAGUAAGCAUAGUUGUUAUACUCUUUGGAUUUCUAUUAUGUCUUGUGGAAUAUCUUGUAUUGGUGAUAUUUGGGUAUUGAUAUUUGUUUUUACUAUGUAUCUGGUGGAUUGAUAUGUGGCCCAGGGAAUGUUGGGAUUCCAAUUGUUUACCUCUUGGAAAGUAAACACCAGAAUUUCAGAUACCUUUUGUAAUUUUCUUUUUUUAGAGAUUUUGGAGUUUAAUAGGAUUGGCUUAUUUAUUUUUGAUUGGCAAUUUUGUAUAUGAUUUUGUAAUUUGUUUGAGAAAUUGAAUAUCCCUUUUUGCAAAAUGAUUAGUAGCUCAAAGCUUGCUCUUGAACAAAACUUAUCAAAUUUCAACAUGUAGUUUGUGCCACAGUUAGAGGGCCUCUGGAGAAGAAGAAGAGCAUUAUCAAAUUUUUAUAGCAGUAGUGAGUUGAGACAUUAACAUGGGUGGCAAAUCAUCUAAAUCUGAUAGUCCACGAUACAGUUUCAACCAUGAUACUUCAUAUGGUUAUGCUUCUCAAUCAGACCUUGGCUCUUCAUCCUCUUCUUAUCCAAGAAAUUACGCUGAUUAUGAAAGAAGAAGCAAGCUGCAGUCAAAGUACAAAAGAAUUGGUGAUGACUACCACUCUCUGGAACAGGUGACACAAGCUCUUCACCAAGCUGGUCUCGAAUCUUCCAAUCUUAUUGUUGGCAUUGAUUUCACAAAGAGUAAUGAAUGGACAGGCGCACGAUCUUUCAACCAUAGGAGCCUGCAUCACCUUGGAGAUCACUCAAAUCCAUAUGAACAGGCAAUAUCAAUAAUUGGCAGGACGCUUUCAGCAUUUGAUGAGGAUAACCUUAUUCCUUGUUAUGGCUUUGGCGAUGCAACUACACAUGAUCAAGAAGUUUUUAGUUUUCAUUCAGAUGAAAAACCUUGUAAUGGAUUUGAGGAAGUACUUUCUCGUUAUCGAGAAAUAGUGCCACAAGUACAUCUCGCUGGUCCAACAUCUUUCGCUCCGAUCAUCGAAACUGCAAUUGGAAUAGUUGACAAUAGUGGUGGUCAGUAUCAUGUUCUUAUGAUCAUUGCUGAUGGACAGGUAACAAGAAGUGUGAACACCGGUUCUGGUAACUUUAGUCCUCAAGAGAGAAGUACCAUCAAUGCUAUUGUGAAAGCGAGUAAUUAUCCUUUGUCAAUAGUUUUGGUUGGAGUUGGUGAUGGACCAUGGGACAUAAUGCAUGAGUUUGAUGACAACAUUCCAUCUCGGGCUUUUGAUAAUUUCCAGUUUGUAAAUUUCACUGAAAUCAUGUUGAAGUACAUCCCUGCAUCCAAGAAAGAGACAGAGUUUGCUUUGGCUGCACUAAUGGAGAUACCAUCACAAUACAGAGCUACAAUGGACCUGCAACUUCUGGGCUGCCAAAAAGGAACUCCUCGGAGAUUUCCACUCCCGCCUCCAGUUAGAAGCAUUUCAGAAAAUCCUUAUCCAAAGUAUAUACAAUCAAGCAGCAAUGAACGUUAUAAUGUACAUAGCAAUGAACACAACAAUGGAUAUACGUGGUCAAGCAACAUUGAACAAGAAAGUGGAUUUCAUUAUGCUUAUUCUACUCCAUCAUCAGAGCAUUCUCCACACAGCAGGACUUGUCCUGUGUGCUUGUGGAGUAAGAAAGAUCUUGCAUUGGGAUGUGGACAUCAGACAUGCUAUGAUUGUGGACAGGUCUUAACCUCUUGCCCAAUUUGUCGAACUCACAUAACAAGAAGGAUAAAGCUGUAUGAGUAAUGCAUCUGGCCAAGCAACCAUUCUCGGAAUCAAUGGAAUGAAGAUUGUUUAACUCUCUAAGCUUGUUUAUCAAAGGACCAAAUGGGCAUCUCAAAUGAUUUCCUUGGGUACUCAAACAUUUCUUGAUAGUGUAACAAUAUGCUUUUUUUUCCCUGAAACAAAAUUAGUGGUUCACCAUUUAUCUAUCAAAAUACCGAAUCUUUCUGAAUUGAUCAUGAAUAAAGAUAACAAUCCAGUUGAAAUGGGAU